CGGCGGCGCGGAGGCUCGGAGGUGCCUGGCCCUCUCCGGGCUGCGCGGGGCCUGGGUGGCGGCGGCGACAGGAGCCGGAGGAGGAGAAGGGAGGCGGCUGUGCAGCCCGCCCGCGCAAGCCGGAGGGGACAUGGACGGCGAUCGGACCGAGAGCGACUGGCAGGGGCUGGUGAGCGAGUACCUGGUGUGUAAACGGAAGCUGGAGAGCAAGAAGGAGGCUCUGCUGAUCCUCUCCAAGGAGCUGGACACCUGCCAGCAGGAGAGGGACCAGUACAAGCUCAUGGCCAAUCAGCUGCGAGAACGACAUCAGUCCCUGAAGAAGAAGUAUCGGGAGCUGAUUGAUGGAGAUCCAUCACUUCCCCCUGAAAAGAGGAAGCAGGCUAAUCUCGCGCAGCUGCUGAGAGAAUCGCAGGACAGGAAUAAACAUCUGGGAGAAGAGAUGAAAGAACUUCGGCAGAGGCUCGGCGAGGUCCAGGGUGACAAUAAGCUGUUGAGGAUGACGAUUGCUAAACAAAGGCUCGGAGAUGAAGAGAUUGGCAUGAGGCACUUUGCGGCCCAUGAGCGGGAAGACUUGGUUGAGCAGCUGGAGCGGGCUAAGGAACAGAUAGAGUCCUUAGAGCAUGACCUACAGGCCUCAGUGGAUGAACUCCAGGAUGUUAAGGAAGAGCGGGCUUCCUACCAGGACAAAGUGGACAGGCUGAACCAGGAGCUCAACCACAUCCUGGGUGGUCAUGAGAACCGUAUUAUCGAUGUGGAUGCACUGUGCAUGGAGAACAGAUAUCUCCAGGAGAGACUGAAACAACUCCACGAGGAAGUCAGCCUUCUGAAAUCGAACAUCACCAAGUAUAAGAAUGCUCUCGAGAGACGGAAAACCUCCAAGAGCCAAGGCAAAUCCAGCAGUAGUGCUCUGACUGGGGUCUUGUCUGCAAAGCAAGUUCAGGAUCUGCUCUCUGAAGACCAUGGGUGCAGCCUCCCAGCUACUCCUCAGUCCAUCGCUGACCUGAAGUCUCUGGCCACUGCCCUGCUGGAGACGAUCCAUGAGAAAAAUAUGGUCAUUCAACAUCAGAGGCAAACCAACAGGAUCCUAGGGAAUCGAGUGGCAGAGCUGGAAAAGAAACUACGGACUCUGGAAGUUUCUGGCUUGUGGAGUCUUCCAGGGGGCAAGGACACCAUACUGCUCAGUGACCAGACUCUCCCCAUCAUACAGAGGUCAAAGUCCCCACUGUUGAAAUUUGUGGAACAGUCCACUGGGGACAAGGAGAGUGCCAGAGAUGGGGAGAUUCAGAAGCAGGAGGAUGAAAGCUGCACAGCUGCCGAGGCGCUGACAGAGCCUGAGGAUGCUGGAAAGCCUGCUGUCAGCUCCGCAGCCCCGCUGAGCAACGUGAACCAGCUCUUGGACUUUCAUCAUUCUCCCGUACCCCAGCCACCUUCAGAAGAAGUCAACACGGUGGGGAGGGAGAGCAUUCGAGUGACUGAUGGGCAGGAGGCUGCAGACCUGGAGGAGGUCCCAAGGGAGGCUCCCACGGAGGACCAGAGGUGUGAGCCGGGGCUGUCCCCAUCUAGCCUGGCCUCCCAGGAGGAAUGCACCACAACUCUCCAGGACCGCUUGCCUUCCACACAGCCAGAGGUCAGAGCAUCCGGUGUGGGAGGUGACAGAGGCAUCUCAGAGGGUGGAGACACACGAAGCCCUGUGCAUACAUGAGGGGGAGAGAGACUGACAGGGUGACACACUGAAGGCACCAGGGACAGCGAGGAAAGGCUGAGGCCUCGGAACAGUCACAUCCAAGCCCCUUUCCGCUAAACACCUACCUUUCCUGUCUACAAACGAGAGAACACUCUGAUCCUGCUGCGAGCUGGGAACACCCAAUGGUGCCAGCUCUGUCUGAUUUAUUAAAGCUGGCCUGUGAGCUUCUCAGUGUCACCUCUGUCUGCUGAAGACGUGCCGCUGUGAACAUGGCCGGGCACGGGAAUCGUGGUUGCCAUAUGGCUGCCUUUCUGCACCCUUCUUCCUGUCAGCAUUUGUUUUAUUAGAGAGAAGAUGUUUUUCUAUUAGCAUUUAAUGUUGUCCAUCAAGAUGAUAGGACAAGCUAGGAAAGCAGGGGGCUUUUUUUUUUUUUCUCCCCCUGGGUCUCAAUCUUGGGAAUAGCUAGGUGGCUGGAAGGAAAGAUGUAAUUGGAUGAAAUAUGUUCAUGAGGCCAUGGGUGCACUUUGUCAUGUAGUGGUCUCCGAGGAUCCCCCAGCAAUGGGGAGGCUUGGCACUCAGUGUUUCACAGUGGCAGGCAGGAGGGAUGAGAGUGGGCUGGGAAAGGGAGGCUGCAGGUCAAAGAGGCUGUUUGCUGACUGAGUGCAGAUCUGAGCCUGAUCUGGAGGGAUAGGUAACAAGCGGCUGCCAGGAGCAGGGGACAUUUUAGUGGUGAUCUGAUUUUUGCGUUAUUGUUAUUUAGGUGAUAGAAAUACUAGCCAUCUUUACCCAGCCCAAGCUUCGUAUAGGAUGGUGUGGUUAUCUGAGGUUUGGGAAAAGCUUAAUGUUGCCCCAGUUCCUUACAGCACUGAAGAAGCCGAAAGCAUUCACUCCAUCAAUAAAAUUUUGCAUCUAGGCCCCCAGAGGCCAGAAUUGAUCUCAGAAACUCCAGCUAGAAAGAACUCAGAGGAGAAAUGUGUCCCCAUUCAUCGUAAACCCUGUCUGUGCCCUGGGACUCUCUGGGACAAGGACAAACCGUCUGAUGGGAGCCCCAGUGCCCUGUUUAUCCCUCUGUAUUUCAGACUGUCCCCUGCCCCUGAAGGCCAGCCCUUUAGGGAAGGAGGCCCUGAGGCUGCAAGUUUACACAGGCCAGUAGUCCCGGAGGUGCCUUUUGCUAUGGAUGGGGGCCACAGCUAUUUUGUAGGUGCCUAUGGUCAGUAGUGCUGCAUAGGACACCAGAAUGGCUAAGGGAAACCCAGCCAGAUGUGACUCAGAAAAAAAGAAACUAAACACUCUCAUCUCCCAGAAGUUCUGGUUUGGACACGCAUCCAACAGGUACACUUCUUUGUGGCCAUUCAGCACUUUCGAGUAAGGGGGGUUUAUAGUAAACUCUAGCACAGUCUAGUAGGGCAAGAAGCUACAGUGAGCCCCAGGGUCUGUGCUCUAGGGAGCCAGGAUAAUAAGGGUCCAUAGUUUGAGCUCAAUAUAUACAUCCAGCACAGGAGGCACCUGUGUUAUCAGGUGGAGUGAGCCAUUAAGCUGAUGUUGUUAUAUAUAUGUAACUAUGACAACAACAUCCCCACUUCUGCUGUGUCUACCCAGCAUGGUUCUUCUACUCUGUAGACAUUAAAGAGAGUCCAGUCAC